AUGGGUGUUGGUGAACCCACUAUUUGUACAUAUGUCAUAUCCGAUACGUUAGCCCGUUAUACAAAAGUCGAUAAAGAUUUACUGACAAUAGAUAUACCUAUUCCAUUACCCGAAUAUUCGGAUGUUGACGAAUAUGUGGCCGUUUUUGGUGGACGAGGGAUUCUCGAGACCGUGAAUAAAGUGGAUUUGCGUAAAGAGUUGGUUCGAUUUGUUCGAGAACAAACACAGAGGAUCCAAGAUGAAAGAGGAGACGCUCUAAUCAAAAAUGCAUUAGAAUCCGGCUUCGAGCUGCCCGAUCUCGAUCCAGGUCCCAAUUUAGUGGUGGAUCCAUCCGAAAACUUCGCCAAUAAGUUCUCUCAUAUCAUGCGGAAUUCGCCAUCACAUGAAUUAGCUGAAUUAAUGCGAAGGCAGAUCGCUAUGAUGAACGAGAUGAGUCAAAUAAUUCGUGUUCGAAAUUGGGACGUUGCGCAAUUGACCAGCAAGUGUGAGAAUGCAGUGAAUGAUGCAUCUAUUAAUGCCGACGUUCAUCCACACGAACUCAGUAACCUCAAUGAAAAGCUGCGCAAUCUCCACGGCUCUUAUGCUUGUCAAGUUGAAGUGCUUUCCGAGAAACAGCGGAAAGAGUUCAGAGACAUGGUAGAUACACUGUACGAUGGCGGGAGUCUUCUUGGCAGCACUGGAAAUUCCGAGAUCGGCCCUGACCUGAGGGUACACUCCACGAAAACCAUCAGUGAGACCAAAGAAGAGCAAGAACAAGGCAUCAAUGAAUGCUACACAAUUUAUAUAGGAGCCCAGCUGAAAUCGAUGCAUAAUGUUCGGUUGUUAACGGCGAAGUCAAUGGUAGAUCUGUGUACACCAGUGAAGUCCGCUGAUGUUGGCUCUCUUCUACAAACGUCUAUUUCACUUUAUGGAAGGCAGUUGAGCGGACUUGUAAUGUUAGUUCCGCGCGAUCCACUAUGGCAUUCUAGCAGUGCUUCAAAAUUUGCACAAGUUUGCGAACAAGCGACUGAGCUUCAUUUUGAUCCUUUACCUAAACAACUAAAGAAUGUUGUUGAGUCGUGGAGAGAGGAGUCUGCUUCCGAACGCUCGAAGUUGUCAGAACCACAGAAAUCUCUCAGGAAAAGUGCACAUGAAGCCACUUUGGAAAUUGGUGACGUCUACUGCACAAGACAUUCAAAUCUCAAAGAUGUUCAACUAGUGUUCCACCUUGUCGUUGAGGAAUCGCUCCAGACUUCGGACAUUUCUAGUCGACAUCCAUGUCUGAAUGGGAUUCGCAACAUAAUCCGACUCACUUCUCGACUAGGGAUUACAUCUAUCCACAUUCCUCUUUUACUCGUUGAAGAGGCAUCUGAGAAUAUGACGAUUGCAUGGUGUAUGAAACGAGCUGAGAUGGUUUUCAAGUGCGUUAAGGGCUACCUUAUGGAGGUUUGCGGAGUUUGCGGUGGGUCUGCUGUUGGCGGUGGAGUGACGGUUAUACCUCACUACAAUAUUCAUUUCGUUUUACCGUCAGGACUUGCAGACGGAGUAUAUCAACAAAUAUCUGCAAUGUUUCCGACAAUCUUCCAUCUGGUGCCCAGCGUGUCCAUGCCUGUUCAUGAACAGACUCCUUUUGUGCCACUAGCUGCGCGUUAUUCACCGCAGUAUAGGCGAGCACUUGCUGCUUUAGAUUCAGAGGUGGAGGAGGAGGAGGAGCUCAUAGCAGAGCUGAACGCUCUUGAGAUACCGGGAAACUACAUCACUUACAGUAUGCACCUUGACACCAACAAUCUGCAGCGGGGUAAUGGAGAAACGAACAACAUCGAAGACACUUCUAUUCAUGGAGAUGCGGGGACCUUUCUUUUCGGUAUCGAAAGUAAGCCGAGGAAGAUUGAGUACCUUACCUUCACAUCGGAUAGUUUGAAACAUAUCAGUCGACAGGCAGCUGCUGAACUCCGAGAAAAGUAUACGCAAACAGGCGAAAACUACAAUUUAGCUUUUAAGAUGGUAAACAGCGAUACUAAACUGGUGAAAACCGUUCUGCAUAGUCAUGGAUUCACACAGUGCUCUCGGAAGAAUCCUUCAUUUAACAUACUCUGGUGUGGUUCUUCUGUCCGGGCCUCACAUAUGCGAACCAUUCAAUCUUGGCAACGUAUUAACCAAUUUCCUCGAUCAACUGAACUUACUCGAAAAGACAAACUAUACGAUAACUUAGCACGAUCUGCUGCAAUAUUUGGCGAUGCUUAUGGCUUCGUACCUGAAUAUUUUGUGACCCCUCGUGACUCCUCGAUGUUGCAAACCGCAAUGGAGCACUCUAUGUCAGAUUUUACUUUUAUUGUGAAGCCUGUGAGCUCUUCUCAGGGCAAAGGGAUUUUCUUUGCAAACAAGGUCCAAGAAAUUCCUCAAACAGAGCCUUUAUUGGUCUCGCGCUACAUUGAGAAUCCUCUCUUAAUUAAUGGGCAUAAAUUUGAUCUCCGCAUUUAUGUGGCCGUCACUUCAUUUUACCCUCUCAUCACUUACGUCUACUCGGAGGGGCUGACUCGGGUAGCAUCGGAGAAGUACUGCAGCGAAAUAGAUACUCAGGAUGCAUUUGUCCACCUAACAAAUUAUUCAAUUAACAAAAACAAUACAAAUUUUGUUCGCAAUGAAAGUAUGGCUAGUGAGGAUUUCGGACACAAAUGGACUCUUGGAGCUUUACUACGUCAUUUGGAAAAGGAAGGAAUUGACGCUAAGAUGCUAAUGAUUCGAAUAGAGGAUAUAAUAGUGAAAAGUCUGCUCUCGGUGCAAACUCGUAUCACAUCUGCAUGCCGUACAAUCACACCACAUGUAGGAACAAACUUUGAACUCUUUGGCUUCGAUGUUCUCGUUGACGCAGAUCUGAAACCGUGGUUGCUGGAGGUGAACUUGUCUCCGAGUCUGUCUUGUGAUGCACCGCUGGAUUCACUCGUAAAGAGUCGACUUAUAUGUGAUUUAUUCAAUUUGGCUUGCGUACCGUUAGUUAACAGAAAGUUAGCCGGCAUACAGCUAAUUCGUCCGAACAAGGAAGAUGAUUGUGAUUCGGACGAUGCAGAAGUAGAAUUGGAAAGAAACAAAAAAAUCAGCCCAUCGAAGCGAGGUUUUAGUGUAAAGCGCAGAAGAACAACUCGUACUGCCUUCGCUCCAUCCCCGUACACCCCCGAUCCUAGUAUGCGAGCGAUCUGUCGACGGGCGAAAACGGAAAUGUCACGACGCGGCGGUUUUGUCCGGAUUUUCCCACGAGACCACUCUCUACAUUUGUAUAGAUGCAUUAUGGAGCGUAUUGGUUCGGAGAAUCGUGAUGAGCGAUUGUAUUUCAAGGAGUUUUUAUUUGAAGACGAAGAGGACGAAACCGUGCGAAAUGAAAAUGAAUUAACAACACUUUACCACGAGGUUAUGAUGAAUAGUUCGAAGUACCCUUCUCUCGAAUCGGUGCCAACAGAAGUACGGGAAAUCCUACGAGGAUGGCAUAAUGAUGCAAAUGCGUAUACUCAACGAAUAACAAAGGAUGGAGAGAAAUAUGAAGCAAAAUUACCAGUUGUUCGACCAUCAGCUCGCCUACGCACAAAAAGCUUUUCCGAAUGGUAUGAGGUUAGAAAGGCGACGAUGGCUGAAGCGAAACAGAAGCUUCGAUUAGAGCAAGAGGCACUGAAGAUGCAGGAUCAAAUGGUUGACCAGAAGCAGGUAGAGAACAAGGAAAAUGCGCUACCCUCUCCGGUAUUAAUAUCCUAG